AUGCUGUAUGCAUGGCCAGCAUCGAGACAGGGCCGAAGGAUACAAAAAACGAAUGAUGAAAAACUGGAAAAAUUCGAAAAUUCUGAGAAGGCAGAAAAAUUGAAUGAGUUGGGGAGGAAGUUGAAGAAAAUAGAGUACGAAAACGAAAAGAGAAAUUUGAAGGAAUCUAAGAAAAGAGAGAUAAGCAGAAAGAAGGUGUUCGGAAAUGGAGAAAUACAUAGGAGAAUUGCCAAGAAAACAGAAGGCAAGGCGUAA